UGCAUUGCAUUGCAUGCAUUUGCAUUUAUUAGGUUUCAUAAAGUAAACAAAUAAGAUUGCUUUUUCAAAAAAAUAAUAAGUGGUUUGAAUAGUUGUACUGUAAUAUUAAGACUAAUAGAAUAUGUCAACAUUUAUAUUACGUGCUUUCCGUGUGACAUACAGAAAACAGAACUUCAAAGCAGUCUUUUAUUCAUCACAGCCAGAAUGUGCUAAUGAAAGAAAUUUAGGAAAAGUUGUAAAUGUAGCUAUUAUUGGGGCACCAAAUUCGGGAAAGAGCACCCUCAUAAAUAAAGUUACGGAAAGGAAGAUAUGUGCAGCUUCCAACAAAGUGCAUACGACGACUAAGUUAGUACGAGCGAUGUGCUACGAGAAUGACACACAGAUUAUAUUUUUAGACACCCCUGGAGUUGUUACUGAAAAAGAAAAGAAGAAAUAUAAUUUGCCGGACUCUAUGAUGGGAGCAUGUCACAAAAGUUUGAGGUGUGCUGAUGUUGUUGGUGUGGUUCAUGAUGUUUCUAAUAGAUAUACAAAAGAUGUUUUACACUCUGAUGUCAUCAAUAUGCUGAAUGUUAUAGCGGAUACACCAAGCUUUUUAAUCAUUAACAAAAUUGAUAAAUUGAAAUCUAAAAAUCAACUACUGGCAAUAAUAAAAAGUCUCACCAAUGGUAUGAUUGCUGGCAAUCCUAUCCCUGGAUCAGAAAAAAGGAAAAGGAACAGUGAAAAAAAAAUAGAAAAAGGAUACAGUAAAUUCUCAGAUGUCUUCCUUAUAUCAGCUCUAAAUGGUGAUGGAAUACAGGAUAUAAAGAACUAUCUCGUCAGCAAUGCAAAGACAGCUGGUCAUCAGUUUGCAGUUUCAGAAUGGACAGACCAGACACCAGAGACUCUGAUAACAGAAGCAGUUAGGGCUAAGUUCUUAGACUUUUUGGCACAAGAGAUCCCAUACAAACUGAAUGUUCAACUUGAAUAUUAUGAAGAGAUUGAAGAACAAGAUAAAAUACUCUGUGCAUUAGUAGUGGAGUGCCCCAAUGAGAGAUUGUUAAGGUUAAUAGCUGGAGCUGGUGGUGGUAGACUACAACAAAUCAAAUCACAUGUUAGAAGUGACUUAGUAGAUUUAUUUAAAAAAACUGUUGUCAUAGACCUACAAUUAAAAGUAAAAAAUAGAAGUGAAUCUGUAGCAUAAGUAUAGUUUUUAAAUGAUGAUUAUUGAUUGAUUGAUACUUGCAUAGUUAUUUUUAUGGUGCGUUCGUCUGUGACGAAUGUUUUCAAGGGACGCGAGUGAAUAUUAUUACAAAUGCGCGUGCGUGAGAUUCUCGCGAGCGGCACAUUCGUCAGAUGUGGUCUCACCUUUAGGUAGCAUUUUUAUUACCUACUAAGUGUUAAUGAAAUAUACAUUUGUUUAAUAAAAUCACCUUUUUAUUUUA